AUGAUUAAUGAAUUAAAAAUUGAACUAAACAAGAAAGAAUUCGAGCUUGCACUUUAAAAUAUAGCUAAGAAAAAUACGACUAGCUAUUAAAAUGCUCUGAAUAGAUCAUGCAUAACAACACAUGGUGAUGCAAAUCAAAUGAUAGAUCCAAAUAUGUUCUAAAGAGAUCAUAGUAUGUUUAAUAGUUAAAUUGGAAUGGUUAAUACUGGCUAUGGCUUACAAUAAUCAUUUCAAGUUCCUUUACUAGGCAAAUUUCAUAGUCAAAAUAGUAAUUCUUUAAAUUAUCAAAACUAAAGCAGUAAUAAGCAUAGUCAGUGUAAAUGUGGCAAUCACAGUUAAAAAAAUCAUCAUAAAUCUUAAUAACCACAAAGUCAUAAAUGUAAAAAGAGAAGGACCCAUACUUGUAGCAAACACAAAAACAGUGACUACCCAAUAUCAAAUCAAGUCUCUAGCGUCAAACAAUCACUCCAUCAAACUCCAAUGAGCAAUUUUUCCCAAAACAUGCUUAGUUGUAACAAAUAAGAAUGCAGAUAAUUUCAAUCUUAACAGAGAGGUAUUAAUUUGCAAAAUUCAUUCAAUUAAAAUGUUUCAAUUACAAAUCUUCAUCAUCAGCAAUCUGAAAAUAAAGAGAAUAUAGCUGUUUUCUAAUCUCUGAAUACCCAACAAAAUAAUAAAAACAAUGCAAAUUUAAAUGAUUCUUCUUACUUUAGCAAUCCAAAUCUUCCUUCAUCAAAUAUUUAGAGUCAAAAUAAAGACAUAACAACAGUUAAAGCAUUUAAGUAUUAAAAGAAAUACGAUAAAGACUUAAGUCUCUAGAAUCAAUCUUUCAAUGCAUCCUAUGUUAAUGAUUCAAAAUCUCUCAUACCAGGCAGCAGAAGUACUACUGUAAAAAAAGAAUGCUUUAACAAUUGUAACUCGCAAAAAAACUAAUGUUAAUGUCGCUCCUAAUGUGAGAAAAAUCUAAAUAUUAGCUUUACUUCUCAUAACUGCUAUAAUUAAGAAUAAAAGCAAGGUGAUCAAGAAGGCCAAUAUCACCACCAUAGAAGCAAAGAUUAAAGGAAGAGUAGUAGCAUAAUGAGCACUCCUAUAAUUAACAUGGAAAAAAAGUUCAUGGAAUAGUAGAUUAAUAUGACCUCUUAAAAUAUUGGUAAAAAUGAGUGCUAAAGUUGGAAUGAAUAUUAGGAUUAGCCUAGAUUGAUAGUCUCUUGUUCUCCAUUAUCUAGUUUACUCUAAUCACAAAUUGACAGAAAGUCAAAUAGAAACAAGAUAAAUGAUUACCCGCUUAAUAAUAUAUAAGUUAUCAUUCCAGAUGAACCUUACAGACCAUUGAAUUAAAAUUAGGAGAUACUGUAAUAAUAUUGUUAAAAUUCAGUCUAAUCAAAAGAAGAGGAGAACUCUCUAACUAAAUUACAGGCUAAGCAUAACUAUCUAAGAGAAUCGCUAUAGGGAAGUAACAACAUUAAUAUUUCAAAGCUUUCAGAUAAUAUGCUCAAUAGUAAUAGUGUGGUUUCAAAGCACUCAAUAAAUAGCAGUAAUAAUGGUGGUCUAGGAAAUCUCAUACACCUUAGUUGUAAUAGCAACAGCAACUUUUUCUUACAUCCUAGGGCACUUAUUGAAUAAAAGCAGGGUAUGUUUGCCUCAGCCGAACUAACUUAAGGUUUAGAUGGAGGAUCAAAUUCUAAUUACUUUUUUGAGGAUCAUUAAAAAUCAAACUCAUCAAUUCCUAUGUUUAGCCCUUUGAAAGAGUCUGAUCUUUUUUAAUCUAAGAAGAUUACUCCACGAACUUACUAUAAUCAUUAAGCUCAACAAAUUAUCAAUAACAUAAGUUAAAAUUCAUUCAAGACUAAUUAGGACAGUGAGAGCUAAUAAAGUCUAAAAUAAUCAUUCAUGAGAAAUCAAGUAUCAAAGAUUUAAAAUGCAAUCUAAAAUCUAUAGCCAUUUGAUCUUAAAAGUCCUAGUCAAAUGGCCCAAAUUCAAUCUUAGAAAAACUUUAAAGAUUAUAAUGAUAAUGUAUAUUAGUUAUAGCUGGCUAAAAACUAUUCUCAAAGCUACAUCAAUGAGCAAAACUAGGCUAGAAAUCAAUUAAUAGACUAAAGUUUAGGAAUCGGAUAGUAGAAUCCAAAUUUUCAAACAUCUAAUAGCAGUAGUAGUCUCAAGAGUUUGAAUUUUACUUUAACAGAAAGCAACAUUACACAGCAUCCUAACAACUAGAAUUCUAAUUAUUUGCAUCCCAGAAGCAGAUAGGACACUCAUCGAGUAACAGCAACCUUUCUUCAAGUUAAUAAUGAACAAUAUUGA